CGGUGCGGCAGCCCUGUCCGGACUCCACCGCGCCUCCCAGGGGCUCUGACACCAACCCAAGAUCUGUGGCCAUUUGUUUCCAUGGUUUCAAGGCACAAUGAGGCACACUGGCUCUUGGAAAGUGUUGACCUGGGUGACAACGUUCCUGCUUCCUGUCUGUACCUGUGUGAUGGUCAGGGACAAGCCAGAAACAACCUGCCCUACACUGAGAACAGAGAGAUAUCAAGAUGACAGAAACAAACCUGAAUUGUCAGGCUUUGACCUGGGAGACAGCUUUGCUCUGAGGCGUGCGUUUUGCGAAGGCGAUAAAACCUGUUUCAAGUUGGGAAGCACGCUUCUUCUCAGAGACACCGUUAAGAUAUUUCCCAGAGGUCUUCCAGAGGAAUACGCUAUCGCCGUCAUGUUUCGGGUACGAAGAAGCACUAAAAAGGAACGGUGGUUUUUAUGGAAGAUUUUAAACCAGCAGAAUAUGCCCCAGAUAUCUGUAGUGAUCGAUGGUACGAAGAAGGUGGUAGAAUUUAUGUUCCGAGGUGCUGAGGGAGAUCUGUUGAACUAUGUUUUUAAGAAUCGAGAACUCCGUCCUCUCUUUGAUCGUCAAUGGCAUAAACUUGGCAUUGGCGUGCAAUCCCGAGUCCUUUCUCUCUAUAUGGAUUGCAAUUUAAUUGCAAGUCGACACACGGAAGAAAAGAAUUCUGUGGAUUUUCAAGGAAGGACAGUCAUUGCUGCACGAGCUUCAGAUGGCAAACCCGUGGAUAUCGAACUUCACCAACUUAGAAUCUACUGCAAUGCAAACUUCCUAGCUGAAGAAUCAUGUUGCAACUUAUCACCUACUAAGUGUCCAGAGCAAGAAGACUUUGGAAGUACCACUUCAUCCUGGGUGACCUCUAACACUGGUAAAAUAUCUUCAUAUCUGCCAGAAAAGCUGGAACUUAAAGACGCAUGCCAGUGUAUUCCAAACAAGGAAGAAGCAGGAUUACCAGGAACUCUCAGAUCCUUUGGACCUAAGGGCGACAAAGGAGAGCCGGGUGAAAAUGGAUUACAUGGCACUCCAGGAUUACUUGGUCAAAAGGGAGAACAAGGACUUGAAGGCAUCAAAGGAGAAAUUGGUGAAAAGGGUGAACCAGGAGCCAAAGGAGACACUGGUCUGGCUGGUCUCAAUGGACAAAAUGGUUUGAAAGGUGACUCUGGUCCUCAAGGUCCACCUGGCCCAAAAGGAGAAAAGGGUGAUAUGGGACCUCCAGGGCCACCAGCCUUAACUGGCUCCAUAGGACUCCAAGGUCCCCAGGGUCCACCUGGCAAAGAAGGCCAAAGGGGAAGACGAGGGAAAACAGGACCUCCAGGAAACCCAGGACCUCCAGGACCGCCCGGACCUCCUGGGUUACAAGGACUACAGCAGCCUUUUGGUGGAUUUUUCAAUAAGGGAACUGGUGAGCACGGAGCUAGUGGCCCCAAAGGAGAAAAGGGCGAUACUGGGCUGCCCGGAUUUCCAGGGUCUGUUGGCCCUAAAGGACACAAAGGAGAACCUGGGGAGUCUUUAACAAAAGGUGAAAAGGGAGAUAGAGGAGAACCCGGCCUAUUAGGACCCCAGGGAAUAAAGGGGGAACCUGGAGAUCCUGGUCCCCCUGGUUUACUAGGAAGCCCAGGGCUAAAGGGUCAGCAAGGACCUGCAGGUUCCAUGGGGCCCAGAGGACCACCAGGAGAUGUCGGAUUGCCAGGAGAACAUGGUAUCCCAGGGAAACAAGGCAUUAAGGGAGAAAAGGGAGAUCCAGGUGGAAGGCUAGGCCCUCCUGGACUUCCAGGUCCCAAGGGUGAUGCUGGGCCUCCAGGGAUAAGCCUGCUGGGGAAGCCAGGGUUAGAUGGAAAUCCGGGAUCACCCGGUCCACGUGGGCCAAAGGGUGAAAGAGGUCUGCCAGGACUCCAUGGUUCUCCUGGGGACACAGGCCCACCGGGGGUAGGAAUCCCUGGUAGAACAGGCUCCCAAGGACCAGCCGGAGAGCCAGGUAUUCAGGGUCCUCGAGGUCUGCCUGGAUUGCCAGGAACUCCAGGGAUGCCAGGGAAUGACGGAGCUCCAGGGAAAGAUGGAAAGCCGGGCCUUCCAGGCCCCCCAGGUGACCCGAUCGCACUUCCUCUCUUGGGAGACGUUGGCGCCCUGCUGAAGGGUGAUGUAGGGCCACGAGGUCCCCCGGGAUUCCCAGGCAGAGAAGGACCAAAGGGAAGCAAAGGAGAGCGGGGCUACCCUGGAAUACAUGGGGAGAAAGGCAAUGAGGGUCUUCAAGGAAUCCCUGGCCUCUCCGGAGCUCCUGGCCCAACUGGACCUCCUGGCUUAACAGGAAGAACUGGACAUCCUGGUCCCACUGGAGCAAAAGGUGACAAGGGUAGUGAGGGACCCCCUGGGAAACCUGGACCUCCUGGACCCCCCGGUGUCCCACUCAAUGAGGGAAAUGGCAUGAGCAGUUUAUAUAAAAUCCAGGGAGGAGUGAAUGUUCCCAGUUAUCCAGGACCUCCGGGCCCCCCAGGCCCAAAAGGUGAUCCUGGCCCAGUGGGAGAGCCUGGUGCAAUGGGCUUGCCAGGACUAGAAGGAUUUCCUGGUGUAAAGGGAGAUCGAGGCCCAGCGGGUCCCCCAGGCAUAGCUGGCAUAUCGGGAAAACCGGGUACCCCAGGCCCUCCAGGAGCACCAGGGGAACCGGGUGAAAGAGGACCCGUUGGAGAUACAGGUUUUCCUGGGCCAGAGGGACCCUCGGGGAAGCCAGGCAUAAAUGGAAAAGAUGGAUUACCAGGUGAUCAGGGCAUCAUGGGUAAACCUGGAGACAGAGGUCCCAAAGGAGAACGCGGUGAUCAGGGAAUUCCAGGAGACAGAGGCCCACAAGGUGAACGUGGGAAGCCAGGUCUUACGGGCAUGAAGGGGGCUAUAGGCCCUGUGGGACCACCAGGAAACAAGGGAUCCACAGGACCACCUGGCCACCAAGGCCCUCCAGGCUCCCCUGGCAUCCCUGGCACUCCGGCUGACACUGUUUCCUUUGAAGAAAUAAAAAAGUAUAUUAAUCAAGAGGUCCUAAGGAUUUUUGAAGAGAGGAUGGCUGUGUUUCUAUCCCAGCUUAAGUUGCCAGCAGCAAUGUUGUCUGCUCAAGCUCAUGGGAGGCCUGGCCCACCAGGGAAGGAUGGGUUACCUGGACCCCCAGGAGAUCCAGGGCCCCAAGGCUACAGAGGACAGAAGGGAGAAAGAGGUGAACCAGGAAUUGGGCUGCCGGGGAGUCCGGGUCUUCCUGGAUCUUCAGCAGUGGGUUUGCCGGGCUCACCAGGUGCCCCAGGCCCUCAAGGACCCCCAGGACCCAGUGGAAGAUGUAAUCCAGAAGAUUGCCUCUAUCCUGCACCUCCACCCCUUCAGCAGGCAGGCGGGAAGUGAAAAGGAUGGGGGAAGACAUUGUUGGCUGAUAUCUCCAUGCCACCUGAGCUGCCACUGCGGGCGUCACAACCACAUACUCUCAAGGCUUAGGAGUUUUGGACUGCUUUAUUUUGUUUUUCUGAUAUAGGGGCAGACAUCCAAAGCAACAAGCUGAGUCCUUUUCUGACAGUAAAAGCAGAUCAGUAUUUUCAGAUGUUUGCCAACUUCGUUCCAUAUGUUCUGCUUUAUUGUGGUCCUGAGUUCAACGGCUUCGUAAGAAAAAUGCAAAUGAGCCUGUCAUGGGAUCUUCAGAAAAAAAUCACAUGAGACGAUUUGGUACACAGACGACACAGACCUUGUGAACUCGUCAACGUGACUAGCUUUUGACUCCUGAAUUUUAACUUUUCCUAACUUUUCUUGAUUAUUUUCUUCAUAUUUAAAUUCAAUAUCGUUGCUUUAGUUUUUCUUUCUGCUCUUUUGAGAUUGAAGUAGUACAUUACUGCUGUUGACUGUCUUAGGACUGAUUUUUACAAGAAGUCUUAUACCAUCCUACAUUCAUUCGAUUUAUGCAAAAAAAAAUAUGCAAUAAGAGAUUCGCUUCUAACUUACUUAGAUAUGUAUCAGGAAGCCCCCAAAGUCAUCAUAGCCAACUACUGAAAUGCUUUUGGCUUUUUUUGGAGCACUCCUCACUGACAUGAACACAUGCUACAUAAGAAAAUGAAGAAUCAACUUGACUCUAUGCCCAAGUCUGUGAGUCUCCUAUGGUGAACUAAAAGUGGUUUGUCUUCUCGAAGUCAUUCUUGGUGGUAAAGGCACCAGGCUGUCUUUGGUACCUGGCAGGUUUUAGCAGCCUAGAAAGACCUUUGUGCUCCUUUAUGCAUUCUUUUUUCUGACUUUAUGAUCCCCAGACCCGACCCGCCAUCAAAGAAAAGCACAGGAUUUCUAAUGACCAGAUAAGAGGAGUCCUCGUCUUAGAAACUGAGAGCGAAGGGUCAGCAAAGGCAUGUUGAAUAAGUGAAGCCCUCAUGCUCUUAAGAAGAUUAAUGUUUUCUCAGAAACCACCAAAAGGUCCAGCUCAGCAAAGGAAAGCCAAGAGAUUUCACCCGAAAGUCACUACGUGCUUCAAAACCACAGGCUCAGGAGUUAGAGAUUUGACUUCGCUUGCCUAGUUAGCAGCGAGGCCCUGGUCGAUCCUCGGCUCCGGGAGGAAAGAAACAAACUUGCUCUGAAAGGAAGCAAAACCCCAGUGGUCUUGGCUGAAUGUCGCUUUACUCCCUACCUAUUCAUUGCUUGGAGAAACCUUGGGUGGGGAAAACUGAUUUCCUAGAAUUCUGAGCACAAGGCACAAGGGCUUUGCUGAUACUUAGCUGGUGGGUACCACUGACGCUGAGAGCGAGCCACCAGAGCCCUUCAAUCCCACACCUCUAAGAGCACAGGAUUAGAGAGGAUGCUUUUGAUCUGUUCAUUGAAAAAAGACAAUGGGUAUAAAAAAGCAACCCACUGAAAGUGGGAAAAAGCUGUGAACGGUAUUUUCCUGAGAAGCAUGCCUGACAUAAGGCAGAGUUUGUUUAAAUGCACCCAUGAUUUGAACUGGUUUUCAUUAUAAACAGAUGAGCUGCUGGCCCGCUACUGUCAACAUGGCUGUGCAUAAAAUAACCUUUUAGGUAUUUCAUAUUGAGUUUUGCUGUAUAUUUCAAUUCAACUUUAUUUAUUUUCCAAGUCUACUUUAUUUAUUUCCACUGUUUUGGACUUAAAAUUGCUUAUUCCUUUGUUUUCUUUUGUAUUCAAUACCUAAAAUGGUGCUGUGUUUUAAACUUACACAAUUGGAGUAUGCAAAUGUUUGCAUAUGUAUCUUCAUAGCCAACUGAUAAUCUACCCCCCAAAUGUAUAUAAGGUGAAAAGUUGGUGCUAUGUGUAUAUUUUGAGCUUCUAAUUUGUUGAAUUUUCUGAAAACAUACACUUUACCUGACAUAUAAAUUCACUUGAAUUUGCUGUAUAGCAAAGAGUUUUCUAUGUUCUCAAAGAUUAUUUUUCAUAUUA